AUCCACGACGCCAUUGGUCGACAGAGUUGGGGGUAGGGUUUCCUCCCUUGUGAGUAACUUUGGAGAAGUAACUAUAGAUAGACAUCGCUUUGACUAGUUUAUCGAAAGGAAUAGCGUUACUUUUUAGCGAUAUACACACACCAUUGACACCGGGUCACGUGACUUGAGCGACCAGUGGAGUGGCAAACAGCCGGAGCGACCAUGCAAUCGCCAGAAGAGAAGUCGGCGGGACAAGUCCCGGCAGAAGGCGAGGAGGACGAAAUGGAGAGAGACCUAGCCGAGGAUGCUGCUUGGAAACGGAUUCAGCAAAAUACAUUUACCAGAUGGGCCAAUGAACAUCUUAAAACUGCUAAUAAAAACAUCAAUAAUUUAGAAACAGAUCUUUCGGAUGGUUUACGUCUAAUAGCUUUAGUUGAGGUAUUAUCCGGUAAAAAGUUACCAAAACAUAACAAGAGACCAAAUUUCAUAUCUCAGAAGUUAGAAAACGUUUCGGUUGCACUGAAAUUCUUAGAAGACGACGAAGGAAUUAAGAUCGUUAACAUUGAUAGUAGUGAUAUUGUGGAUUGCAAGUUAAAGUUAAUUUUGGGUUUAAUAUGGACGCUUAUCCUCCAUUAUUCCAUCUCUCUUCCCAUGUGGGAAGGAGAAGAAUUUGGCGACAAAACAGGUCCAUCUCCUAAGCAGCGUUUACUGGGAUGGAUUCAGAGUAAAUUACCAGAUGUGCCUAUUAACAAUUUCACAUCUGAUUGGAAUGACGGUAGAGCUGUCGGAGCUCUUGUGGAUGCUGUGGCUCCAGGUCUGUGUCCUGACUGGCCAGAUUGGACACCAGCUAAUGCACUUAAAAAUGCAAAAGAAGCUAUGGAUUUAGCAGAUAAAUGGCUUGGAAUUCCUCAAUUGGUCAAGCCAGAAGAAAUGGUCAAUCCAAAUGUUGAUGACCUAUCAAUGAUGACAUAUUUGUCUCAAUUUCCAAGUGCCAAGCUUAAACCAAAUGCUCCUCUUCGUCCUCGAACCAAUCCUAAUCGUGUUCGAUGCUAUGGUCCUGGUAUUGAACCAUCAGGUGUAAAUGUUGGUGCUCCAACUAACUUCACUGUAGAAACUUUCAGUGCUGGUAAAGGCGAUGUUAAAGUAGUAGUUGAAAAUCCAAAAGGACAACCAGUGCCAGUAGAGAUAAAAUUCAAUGAUGAUCGUAGCAAGACAUAUACUGUUACAUAUACUGCCAAAAUGGAAGGAGUACAUAAGGUAAAAGUUUAUUUUGCAAAUAAAGAAGUGCCAAAAAGUCCAUUCAGUGUCACGGUUGAAGGUCACGCAGGUGAUCCAAAAAAAGUUACAGCAAGUGGACCUGGAUUGGAACCUACUGGUGUCAUGAUUGGUCGCCCAACAUAUUUUGAUAUUUUCACAAAAGAUGCAGGUCGAGGUCAAGUAGAAGUUAAAAUUUUAGAUCCUCAAGGAAAUAGAAAUACUGUACCAUGCAGAGUACGAAAAAUUGCAGAUGAUGUUCAUCGUUGUGAAUAUGUUGCUCAAACUGUAGGUUUACAUUCUGUGAAUGUAUUCUUUGCUGGACAACAAAUUCCUAACAGUCCUUUUGGAGUUAAAGUGACACCAGUUUGUGAUGCUCGCAAAGUUCGAGCAAGUGGUCGUGGUCUGCAACCUAAUGGAGUGAGAGUCCGUGAUAUGGCUGAUUUCAAAGUAUAUACAGAAAAUGCUGGUGAAGGUGUACUUAAUGUAAAAGUAAUUGGGCCAGGUGGUGCAACUGAGCAUGUAGAUGUCCGAAAAAUUGAUGAAACAACUUAUGAAUGCAUUUAUCGACCAAUGAAGGAAGGUCGUUAUGUGGUCACAAUCACUUAUGAAAAUCAAGAGAUAAAUGGUAGUCCUUUUGAAGUCAAUGUUGGUCCAUUUAAAGAUUCAAAAAUUCGUGCAUAUGGACCUGGUCUCGUAGGUGGUGUUGCUGGUUAUCCAGCAUGUUUCACAGUUGAAACUAAUGGUGAAACUGGAUCUUUAGGAUUUUCUAUUGAAGGACCAUCACAAGCAAAAAUUGAAUGUCAUGAUAAUCGUGAUGGUUCUGCAGAUGUAAAAUAUUAUCCACCUACACCUGGUGAAUAUGCAGUUCAUAUUUUAUGUAAUAAUGAAGACAUUCCAAAAUCACCUUAUAUUGUUCAAAUCCUUCCAAAAACUGAUUACUUCCCUGAAAAGGUAGAAGCAUAUGGUCCAGGAUUACAAAAGUCAGGUGUUGUUCAGGGUCAACCAACAGAAUUUACAAUUGAUAAAAGAAAGGCAGGAGGAAAUGCUCCACUUAAUGUAACUAUUACAGAUGAAGAAUAUAGACCAGUAGACUUGAAAAUUCAAGAUAACAAAGAUGGAACCUAUAAAUGUAGUUACAAACCAACUAAAAAUAAUAAGCAUACUGUACAAAUAAAUUAUGGUGGAGUUGCUAUACCUAAAAGUCCAUUUAGGGUCCAAGUGUCUGAACCUACUGAUGCAGGUAAAGUUAAAGUAUUUGGACCAGGAGUAGAAAAAGGAGUUAAGGCUCAAACACCUACACAUUUCAACAUUGAUUGUCGAGAUGCGGGACCAGGUGCUAUAAAAGUGAAACUUACAGAUGAAAAAGGAAACACCAUUCCAGUUAAAUUGCAGGACAAUGAAGAUGGAACAUAUACUUGUGAUUAUGUUGCCCCAAAUCCAGGAAAUUAUAAAGUUAGUGUAUCUUAUGCUAAUAUGGAAAUUCCAAACAGUCCUAUUAAAGUUACUGUAGGUUCAAAAGUUGAUGUCAGCAAAAUAAAAGUGGAUGGUCUUGAACCAACGGCUCCUAUCAACUCCCUGCAGCAGUUCAGAGUGAUCACCCAAGGUGCGGGAGGAAGCCAUGCAGAUUUUUCCAUUACCAUCACGAGUCCUUCUGGCCGGAAGAUUCAAGCGCAUGUUAUCCCUACUGCGGAAGGCUUCUUGGUGAACUUCACACCAACAGAACUUGGCGAAUAUCUUCUGAUCAUCUCAUUUGGAGGAACUCCACUUUCACCACAUCCUUUCAGAAUGACGUGCAUGUAUCCCGUUGACCAUAACAAAGUUAGAGCUUUUGGACCUGGUUUAAGUAAAGGACAGGUUAAUCGACCUGCUGAAUUUAUGAUUGACACGAGAGGUGCUGGACAAGGAAAUUUGGGUGUUACGGUCGAAGGUCCAUGUGAAGCUGCCAUAAACUGUCGUGAUAACGGAGAUGGAACUUGUUCAGUUGUAUAUUUUCCCACUGAAGUUGGAGAUUACAAUAUUAAUAUCACCUUCAAUAAUCUACACAUUCCAGGAUCACCAUUUACAGCAAUCAUGAUGACUGAUGUUGAUGUCCGGAACAUCAGGGUGAUGGGCAGCGGCAUUCAGCCCCAGGGUGUAUUCUUGGAUUCGCCGACGGAUUUCAUUGUCGAUGCUCGAGCAGUUUCAAAAAGAAGUGAUGCUAAAGUUCAAUGUACAAUUACAAAUCCAUCUGGAACGAGAACUGAUUCAUUAGUUCAUAGUUUGAAUGACGGUACUUACCGAAUCUGUUAUACUCCAUUUGAAGAAGGUAGACACACAAUAGAUAUAUCAUAUGAUGGUGUUCCAGUACCAGGAAGUCCAUUUAAAGUAAAUGUGAUGAGAGGUUGUGAUCCACGAAAAUGUAAAGCAUUCGGUCCAGGAUUGGAGCAUGGUAUAGUUAAUCAAGUAAAUACGUUUACAGUUGAAACAAAAGGGGCAGGAAGUGGUGGUUUAGGAUUAGCAAUUGAAGGUCCAUCUGAGGCUAAAAUGACAUGUAGAGAUAAUCGAGAUGGCUCGUGUACAGUUGAGUAUAUACCAACUGAAGAAGGUCAAUACGAUAUUGGUAUUAAGUUUGCUGAUCAACAUAUAUCUGGAAGUCCAUUUAAGAUUCCUGUUACUCAAGACGUUGAUGCUUCUAAGGUGAAAGCUUAUGGUCCUGGUGUAGAACCUAAUAAUUGUCGUGCUGGAGUUCCUCUAUCUUUUACUGUUGAUGCCAAGAAAUCUGGAAAGGCUCCUCUUGAUGUUGAUAUUCAGACUGAUAGAGGUCCUUUACCUAAAAAACCAGAUAUCAAAGAUAAUAGAGAUGGAACAUACACUGUUACUUAUUUUCCUCCUCCAGAAAAUAGCAAAUGCAAUGUAAAUGUUAAAUAUGGUGGCAAACCCAUACCUGGAAGUCCAUUCCAAAUGAAAGUGAAACCAAAGGUAGAACCUCAAAAAGUGAAAUUGCAUGGUCCUGGAGUUAGUAAUAAGGGUGUGCCAGCUAGUAUUCCUGCCGAAUUUACCAUUGAUGCUAAAGAUGCUGGUUUUGCAGAACCAGAAGUCUCUAUUAAAGGUCCUGACGGAAGACCUUGUAAAGCCAAAAUUGUUAAUAAUAAUGAUGGCACCUAUAAAGUAACAUAUGUACCUGAUGAUGUCGGACCAUAUAAUAUUUCAGUUAAAUAUGGAGGUCAAGAAGUGCCAAAUUCACCAAUGAUGGUCAACAGUUUUCCAGUAGGACAUCCUGAAAAAUGCAAAAUAACAGAGGGCAAACAGGAAAAACUUCAAAUUGGUGAAGAAUAUUGUAUAACAGUAAACUCUCAGCAAGCUGGUACUGGAGCAGUAACUUGUCGUAUUACUAGCACUACUGGAGCAGAUUCAGAUGUUGAUAUCCAAGUAGAAGAUAAUGGUGAUGGAACAUUCUCAUUAUUUUAUACUGUGAAAGAUACUGGCCAAUACACAAUUAGUAUUAAAUUUGGUGGUCAACCUAUACCUGGUGGUGUAUUUACUGUUAAUGCUGUCACUGAAGAGGUCCAUAAGAAAACAACAGUUAAACAGACCACAACUACAAAAACAGAAUAUCGCUGUGUUCAGUUACAGAAUAUCCCUAUCCCAUCUGUCAAAGGAAAGGUUACAGCUGAAGUCAUCAUGCCAUCUGGAAAACAAGAUAAGCCUGUUGUUGUUGAUAAUAAAGAUGGUACGGUUAGUGUGAAGUAUGAUCCAAAAGAAGAAGGUCUUCAUGAAUUGCAUGUUAAAUAUAAUAAUGAACAUAUUCAGGGUAGUCCAUUUAAAUUCCAUGUUGAUACUAUAACUAGUGGUUAUGUAACUGCUUAUGGUCCUGGUUUAACACAUGGUAUUGCUGGUGAAUCAUGCAAUUUUACCAUCUACACAAAGGAAGCUGGUGCAGGUGGUCUUUCAGUUGCAGUUGAAGGACCUUCUAAGGCAGAAAUAAGUUGUAAUGAUAAUAAGGAUGGAACAGUUGGAGUUUCAUAUCUUCCAGUAGCUCCUGGAGAAUAUAAAAUUAUGGUGAAAUUUGCAGAUAAACAUAUUAAAGGAAGUCCUUUCACAGCUAAGAUUACAGGUGAAGGACGUAAACGUAAUCAAAUUUCUGUGGGUCACUCUAGUGAGGUUUCAUUAAAGGUCCAAGAAAAAGAUAUUAAAAAUUUGAAUGCCAGUAUUGUUGCUCCAUCUGGUUUAGAAGAACCAUGUUAUCUUAAAAAACUUCCUAAUGGCCACUUAGGAAUUUCAUUUACACCUCGAGAAGUAGGAGAACAUUUGGUAAAUGUUAAAAGAGUAGGAAAACAUAUUCAAGGUAGCCCAUUUAAUAUUAAUGUCCUGGAAAGAGAAGUAGGAGAUGCAACUAAAGUGAAAGUAUCUGGAAAUGCUUUAAAGGAAGGCAAAACUCACACAGAAAAUGAAUUCAAAAUUGAUACAAAAGAAGCAGGUUUUGGUGGAUUGAGUUUAUCCAUUGAGGGACCUAGCAAAGCAGAUAUUAAAUGCAAAGAUAAUGAAGAUGGAACGUUAGCUGUUACAUACAAACCUACAGAGCCUGGUUAUUACAUUAUCAAUCUUAAAUUUGCUGAUCAUCAUAUUCCAGGAAGUCCUUACACAGUUAAAGUAUCUGGAGAAGGUAGUAACAUUCAAAGAGAAAAUAUUAAGAAACAAAGAGAAGCUCUUCCAGUUACAGAAGUUGGUUCACAGUGUAAACUUACAUAUAAAUUACCAGGAACAAAUGCAUUUGAGAUGGCAGCAAAAGUAACAUCUCCAAAUGGAGAGACUGAAGAUGCAGAAAUAAUGGAUUUAGAAGAUUGCUUAUAUGCUGUUAACUUUGUACCAAAAGAAGUUGGUGUACAUAUUGUUAGUGUUCGCUAUAAGGAUAUCCACAUACCUGGUUCACCUUUUCAAUUUACUGUCGGUCCUCUUAGUGAUUCUGGUGCCCACAGAGUUCAUGCUGGUGGACCAGGAUUAGAACGUGGUUGUGCUAAUGAGCCAUGUGAGUUUAAUGUAUGGACACGUGAAGCUGGUGCUGGAAGUCUUGCCAUCUCUGUGGAAGGACCAUCAAAAGCUGAAAUUGAUUUCAAAGAUCGUAAAGAUGGUUCUUGUUAUGUUUCAUAUGUUGUGUCAGAACCUGGUGAAUACCGUGUUGGUAUUAAGUUCAAUGAUCGUCAUAUUCCUGACAGUCCUUGCAAAGUUUAUAUCAUGCCUCAAGUGGGUGAUGUUAAUAAAAUCAUGUUAGGUCAGGUACCAGAUGAUUUACAAAUAAAUAAGCCCGUUGCUUUCUAUAUUCAAAUGAAUGGUGCUAAAGGAAGUUUGGAUGGUAAAGUUCUUGCACCAUCUGGAGUAGAAGAUGACUGUUUCAUUAUUCCAAUUGAUGAAGAUCAGUGGGCUUUAAGAUUUGUUCCCCAAGAAAAUGGCAUUCACCAAAUUCAUAUUCGCUGUAAUGGAAUUCACAUUCCUGAAAGUCCUUUCCGUGCCCGUGUUGGAAAAGAUGAUGCUGAUCCUGCUGCUGUCAAUGCUACUGGAAAUGGUUUAAAAGAAGCAAAAACUGGUGCCAAAAGUGAUUUUAUCAUUGACACAUGUAGUGCUGGAGCUGGCACAUUAGCUGUAACAGUAGAUGGUCCAUCAAAAGUAGCAAUGGAUUGUACAGAAGUUGAAGAAGGUUAUAAAGUCCGGUAUACUCCACUUGCUCCAGGAGAUUAUUAUGUCACUAUAAAAUAUAAUGGUUACCAUAUUGUUGGAAGUCCUUUCAAAGUGAAAUGUACAGGAAAUGCUGUUGCAGAAGUAGGUUCUAAAGAAACAUCUACAGUAGUUGUAGAAACUGUUACCAAACAUGCUAAACAAAGAGCAGAUGUAUUGCCACGAUUUAAAUCUGAUGCUUCUAAGAUUACCAGCAAAGGAAUGGGUCUGAAAAGGGCUUUCCUUCAUAAACAAAAUCAGUUUCAAAUUAAUGCCGGUAGUGCAGGCAACAAUGUUUUAUACUGUGCCGUUUACGGUCCUAAAGGUCCUAGUGACGAAGUAUUUGUAAAACAUUUGGGUUGCAAUAUGUAUCAAGUUUCUUAUACAGUUAAAGAACGUGGUGAUCAUGUAGUCAUUAUUAAAUGGGGCGAUGAAAAUAUCCCAGGAAGUCCUUUCAGAGUGGAAGUAUGAGCAAUGAAGACUCGAUAGAAGCUUUGCUCUUUUCAUACUGCCUUUAUAUGUUUGUUCAAUGACUGCAAUUUAAAAAAUCAAAAAAAAAAUAAAAUUAAAACCCUUUGUUUCUUUUUAUUAUAUGUAUGAAAGUGGGGGAAAAUUAUUAUUUAAAAUUAUAAAAUGUGAUAAUUUUUUUGCAGUCACUUGUACAGAUUUGUGUGUAUGAGAUAAGUCCUUCCCCAUCAGGUGAUAUUAAUUCAAGUGCUUCUGUGUAGUUGGUAUAUAAAAUAACACCUUUACAGUUGUUUAUUCCAAGAUAUGUGGCAUUUCUUUACUGAUGUGUAAUUCUUUCAACAGAGAAUUUUUAUUGUUGAAGAUGUUGCUAAAUUUCUUAAGCUAGAUUUAUUUUAGUGCCAUAAUUAUUUAAAUGCUUUUUUAUUAUGAAAAAUUCCAGAUAUAAUGUAUAGUUUAUUACCAUAAUUACAGUAUUUGCUAUGUUAACAGUCAUGGUGCAAGCAAAGAUACUUAAAUUUGUUUUGAAAAUUUAUAAAUUAAACUUCCCAAUUUUAUAGAAAAUGGGGUAGGGCUAUUGUUGAAUUCAUUUUUUGACUAAUAAAUGCAAAAAAUACUGUACAUCA